GUCCUCCGCCGGCCCCUCUGGGGUCAUUUACAUGCUGUCACAGCCCCGCGCUCAGGCCAACGGGGUGCAGCUCGCUCCCUCGCUCUCGGCUCCUGUCAGCGCUCAGCCGGCAGAGCCCAGGGGAACCCGAGAGCCUGAGAGACUGCGCCGGGGAGGGAGGGAGGGAGGGAGGGAGCGAGGGCGCGCCCCGGCUCUCCCUCUGCCCUGCUGCCCGCCCUUCCUGCCGCCACAGCUUGUCAAUUCCAGACACCCUGGAGUCCCCUCAGGCCAACCCGGAGGGCGCGCACCUGCCAGCCGCCUCUGAACUCGCAGGCCAGGCGGCUCCUGAGCCUGAGACGAUGAUGGCCCAGCCCAAGAUCGACUGUCGCUCACCUGUCGGCCUCGACUGCUGCAACUGCUGCCUGGACCUGGCCUACCGGAGCGGGCUCGAGCGAGACGGCAGCGGGGAGAACAUCCCUGGCAGCCCCACCGUGAACAACUUUCUGCAGCUGCAGGAGAAGCUGAUCUUGGAGAACCUCAACACCGACAAGCUCAACAGCAUAAUGCAGCAAGAUUCUCUAGAGCCGGUGCUGCAGGACCCCUGCUACCUGAUCAACGAGGGCAUUUGCAACCGCAACAUCGACCAGACCAUACUCUCCAUCCUGCUCUUGUUCCACAGUGCCUCCGGAGCCAGCGUGGUGGCCUUAGACAACAAGAUCGAGCAGGCCAUGGAUCUGGUGAAGAAUCAUCUGAUGUAUGCUGUGAGAGAGGAGGUGGAGGUCCUGAAGGAGCAGAUCCGAGAGCUGGUGGAGAAGAACUCCCAGCUGGAGCGUGAGAACACCCUCUUGAAGACCCUGGCGAGCCCAGAGCAGCUGGAGAAGUUCCAGUCCCGUCUGAGCCCUGAAGAGCCAGCUCUCAAAUCCGAAGAGUCCAAGGCCCCUGGUGGUUCUGCAGUGUAAGUGGCUCUGUCCUCAGGGUGGGCAGAGCCACUAAAUUUGUUCUACCUAGUUCUUUCCAGUUUGUUUUUGGCUCCCCAAGCGUCAUCUCACGUGGAGAACUUAACACCUAGCAUAGCUGGUGCCAAGAGAUGUCCCAAGGACAUGGCCACCUGGGUCCACUUCAGUGACAGACCCCUGACAAAGAGCAAGUCUCUGGAGGCUGAGUUGCAUGGGGUCUAGUAACCCCAAGCCAGUGAGCCUCUAAUGCCAUGGCGCCCUGGGGGCUCCCAGGGCCUGGGCAACUUAGCUGCAACUGGCAAAGGAGAGAGGUAGCUUGAGAUGGGACGCCAGUUUUCUCCAGAAAGUAUAGGGGGUCUGUUUUUCAUUUCUAUUGACAUCUUUAACAGUUUCACCUAACAACAAGUGUUCCUAUGAAGAAGCAACUUGUGUUUUAAGCAGAGGCAACGUCUCUCUUCUCUCCUGCCUCGCCAAGGCCAGGGGCACGGAUGGGAGAGACUGAGCCGAGCCAGCCUUCUGCUGGUUACUAUGGUAUAGUGCAUGGCUUUGUGCACAGCCCAGUGUGGGAUCACAGCUUUGGGAUGACUGCUUACAAAGUUCUGUUUGGUUAGUGUUGGCAUAGUUUUUCUAUAUAGCCAUAAGUGCGUAUAUACACCCAUAGGGCUAGAUCUAUAUCUUAGUGUAGCAAUGUAUACGUAUCCACAUACACCUACAUGUUGAAGGGCCUAACCAGCUUUAGGAGUACUGACUGGUCCCUUAUGUCUUAGGGCUAAUCCUUUGACUGUGUUCAUUUACCAAGUUGAUCCAGUUUGUCCUUUAGGUUAAGCAAGACUCAAGAGUAAAGGCAGGGAGAGGGGCCAGCCUCUGAGCGCGGCCACAGAUGCCUUGCUGCUGCAGCCCUUUCCCCAUCUGUCCACUGAAAACAUGUGAAAUCCUCUUUUGAACGCCAAACCCACCAUUCACUGGUGCUGACUACAUAGAAUGGGGUUGAGAGAAGAUCCGUUUGUACUUCACAGUGUCAUUUGAAAACUUUUUUGUUUUUUGAUUUUUGUGGAAAACUUAAGGGUGAACAGAACGAUGGUGUCCUACUGUUGACGAAGGAGGGACAAGGGAAUGGCUUUGAUCCCGUGGGGCCUGGGGGAUGUACCCAGGAAGCUUGUCUCUAGGGGGUUCUGUGAUAGUGAACACUUUCCACUUUCUGACACCUUAUCCUGAUGUGUGUCUCCAGGAUUUGGAUUUUGAUUUUUCAAAUGUAGCUUGAAGUUUCAAUAAAGUUUGCUCUUUUUUUUCUAAAAAUAAA